UGACCAAUUACGGACAUUAUCGGUGAGCCUUUGUCGGCUUCUCUUUCAUGUUUUGGGAUAGUGGGGGUAUAAUUGAAGUAUAAUUAAUCCUCAGGGAAUUCAACACUCGCAAGUGCGCAUGAGUACAUUCCUGAUUGUCAAGAGGGUCUUGUCAUCAGAGCAUCCUACCCACCUCCUUCAACCCGAAACCAGUCCAACGAGCUGUUAAAAGGGACCUUUCCGGGAAUAAUUAUGUUCAGAGGAUAUGCAUCAAGACUCCAAGAACUCCAAGAGCAACAUUCUGCUUAAUGCACCAUUUUCUCAUAGGAAAAGAUGAUGAACACCUUAUUGGCUCUGUAAACUAUAAAUUAUCUUUAAUGAACUCGAAGAGUUCGACCAUUACAGAGAUAGGCGCACCACCAUGGUUUGCUGGCAUCAUUGACACUUUCUAUUGUUUUCAUUAAGCCCAUAGUUUGCUGAUGGACACUCCAUUAGUGUCAUUUACCAGGUAAUUCAGUGUUUCUUCAACUGAGGAUUUCAACACACAACUUGAGUUGUGAAGCACAAGGACGAAAAGAUGGCAAUUAGUAUUCAAUCCACAACAAACUGCGUGACGAGUGUGGUGGUCAUUUUGUUGAUGGCAGUCGAUUUGGCGAAUGGUGUUUAUAUCCGUGAGCGCAAAAAGUACCCUACCCGUGACUAUGCAGAUGAUGACGGUACACAAACAAGUUCCCUCAGUAGGCAUCAAAAAACACAAAAUAUAUCAACCGAGCUUGUACCACCAUCAAGGCGUGAGCCAUUCCGGAGAAUCUUGGUACUGUGUAACUAUGACAACGAAUGCGACCGAAAAUCCUUUUGCCACGGAGGGGAAGGUCACAAGUCAUGUCUGCCGUGCAGACGAUCUAGACGACGGUGCCAGAGAAAUGGUAUGUGUUGCCAUGGUUAUGUUUGUCAACAAGGGCGAUGUGUUCCGAAGGAGAGGCGAUAUGACACUUCCUUCGCCAAGGCCUCACAGUCUUACGACGAUGAGGGCAGUAUUUCACAACACACUAAGGACAACAUGCGAAAACGUCGUGAGGAUGAAGUGUGUGAUUCUGCUGAUCAAUGCGGCGAUGGAUUAUGUUGUGCACAACACUUUUGGACACGUAUUUGCAAACCGAUCUUGGUUGAAGGAGAUGUUUGUACCAAGAGACGAGACCGUUACUCGGAUGUAUUCCAGCGAUGUCACUGUGGAGGCUCAUUGUCAUGCAAAAGGCAUCCUGUCCCUGACGAACGAUAUCACACAUGUCAAAACGUAAAGGGAGGGAAGCGUCUAGAAGGAUAUGACGAAGAAAUUCACGAAGGAUUGGGAGCCGUCCUUACUUUAAUGAAGGAUACACAGGAAUCUGCACCUAAAAUAGGUGUACAGACUCACGGAGAGAACACCUAUGUUGAGCUGUUUACCCCAGAGACUGACAUUGUGCAAAGUGAUAAAAGGGUAGACACUAUUGAGUACGGUAGCGAAACGCAAUCACAAUUCAAAGAGUCCAUGGAAAGCGUAUGGAAAGCUACAGAUGAAGACAGACAAAUACAAGAUCAACUAAUAUCUAGCAAACCUACAGAUACAUCCCUGGUUGGGGCUGACGAGAGUGUACGAACAGAACCUGAAGGCAUUGCAGUUUUAUGACCAGGACAGGCAAAUUAAUAUUUUGAUAUGAAAUGGCAGUUGUGCCUUUUCAGACCCGAUGUCAAAUCAAACAAAGGUCCUCACGUGAUACUCUCAGAUUUAUAUUUAAGGAGCUGUAAAAGAUUUAAUGUUUCACUUAGGGCAAAAAGGGUGCGGUUUGAACCCUAUGUUACCUGAACCGCAACGUUGCCAAUCCUUGAUUCAUGGGUUUUUUUUCAUAGCUCGUAUUCGAUUAUGGUUAUACAGGUAGAUGCUUUUUGAUAAAUUUUACCCCUGAUGUGGUCACAAAGUGGCCCCUAUUCACUGAUGAAUACAGUGUCCUUUCUGCAAGUAGUUUGAAAUUUUGACAACAUAAUUCGAAAUAAGGCCAGAUUAUAAAUCUAGAUCUAAAAAUUCGUUAUAAUACAAAUAUUUCCAUUUCUAGCGUUAUCAAAUUUUUGGCUCUCAAUUGUUUUGAAAAUCAAAAGCAUGAUGUUAGGCCUACCAUUGUAUGACUCGGCCGAAGAUCAUAAGAAUCGGGGUUCAAAGAUGUGGCUUCAGGCUAUUUUGUUUGUGUUUUAAUUUUGGCCAUGAAAAUGUCAUGCCAAUCUGAAAGGUGAUAGAGUCUUCAACAGUUUGGUUGAAUUGACAUGAAUAAUUAUGUGUCACUUUUUCAUCAAUUCAGCUGUAACAGAUUUGUUUCAAAAUCUACUUAUGGUUGGCAUUCUUUUAGACUUUUUUUUAGCUCAGUGAGAACAGUUGUUGCUCUUUUUUUGUUAAAUCAAUGUCUUGCAAUAUUCGGGGUUUUUUUCACUAUUUUUCUCGUGACCCCGAUGGCCGAUUGAUCUCGAACUUCUACAGGUUUGUCAUUGUUAAAUCAAUGUCUUGCAAAAUGUGUAUUCGGUUUUUUUUUUCACUAUUUUCUCGUGACCCAGAUGGCCGAUUGAUCUCGAACUUCUACAGGUUUGUCAGUUUAUGUAUGGUGGACUGCAUGAUGUGCUUACACUGCCAGAUGUUUUGUUAGUAAACACCAGUUCUGUACCGUUCCUUUAACAUUCUGUUUACAAGAAAUUCCUUGCAAGAGAUUCUGUAAAAGAGAGAAAAGAUUUGACUUUCGCUUUCCUGCCCAAAACCCAAUGGGUACGGAGUUCCGGAAGGCAUAUACUGUAUAUAAAUAUAUAAAUUAAAAUGAAAGGUAAACAAAUAAUUAUUGUUUCGUUCCCUCGAAUUACUUUGUUCCUUGGAUAUAGUUAAAUUAAUUAAAAAAUUUUAACUUGUAUUUAUUGAUGUAUUAUUACUGUGUUAAUCGUCCAUUUACUUUUUAGUUAGGUAUCAAUAGUAAUUUUAUACCUAAUUUAAUUCCAGAUAAUCGACCACUAUACAAACAUUAAUCUGUCGCAGCAUAAUUCAAAUUGCUGUAAAUGAUGACGUCAUUUUAGUUUAUCUUGAAUAAGAUAAGUUUAUCUUGGAAUGUCACUGAAAACUGCAAUUUCAGUAAUGAGCAUUAUAUACAUGUAAGUUCUUAGCUAACUGAACACUUUUAAUUAUACAUACAAAGUAUUAAAGGCACCCAUUUUUGCACACAAAUUUUAUAAAUCAAAAUUUAACACAUUAAAAAAUAUAUUAAUCUAUAUAGUCGUGAUUUAAUUACAUGAUUUAAUUCAACAAAGAAUAUAUGACGACAAGUAAUUGACUGUCUUGAUUUUUAACCCAAAUUCCGUAAACAGUGCUCCACAACUUCUUCAUUACUUUCUAACAAGUUCAGGAUUACUUUAUCUUUUGAAUUAUGUUGA